CACCACCGGGACGGUGGUGCGUACGGUGACAGUAGCAGAACGCAGCAGUACUACAAUCACUACUGACUACCCGGUAACGUUCGGUAGAAUGCAUGAGUGCUAGACCGCCGUCACCGCGUUCGCACAGGGCCCGAGUACGUGCAAACGCGUCGCGGGGCUGUAUCGGCACGGGUAGAACGGUGACGACGACAACGACUGGCCCGGGUGGGGUGCCAGCGGCUGUGGCUCCCGGGACGAGCGACGAGGACGAGCUGAUGACGAUCAACGAGAACCGGAGUGGUGGCCUUGGCCCCACCAACGAACCGAACGCUUCCAACUCUUCCCUCUCGUCGAAUUCUUCCUCCUCCUCGUCCGAGGCGGGUUCGGUACAUUCGGACGGUGAGCAGAAUUCGGGGCUGCUGCUGCUGGAGGACGGUUCCGGCACAUCUGGCCGUCAUCCGAUGGACGCCAGCACCUGCAACGCCUGCACACUGGCGCUGGAUAACAAUAAUCAGGCGGAACACGAACGGCCACUGGUAAACGGUUGCGAAGAUAUGUGGAGCUGGAACAAGCGCGACCGCUCGAAAGAGGUGUGGCUGAGCCGGUCGGACAAUCGGCGGGUGUACUUCCAUCCGAAUUGGAGCAAAGGUACGGCCGGAAUCCGUGGAACGCGCGUACUAAACAACGGUCGGUAUUACUGGGAAAUCAGCCUGUCGCAGCGUGUCUUCGGUACGAGCAUGAUGUUUGGAAUCGGUACGAAGAAAGCACGCCUACACGUAAACAUGUUCACCAAUCUGCUCGGCGAGGAUCGGAACGGUUGGGGCCUUUCGCAUAAGGGACUCCUUUGGCAUGGUGGUGUCGCGCGUAACUACACCAAACGCUUCAAGGAGAACCAACCGACAAAGAUCGGUCUGCUGUUUGACGGUAUUGCCGGUACGCUGACGUACUACAAGGAUGACGUAUGCCUGGGUAUUGCCUUCCGUGGAUUGAAUGAGGUCCGAGAACCACUUUACCCGAUCGUUUGUUCGACGGCAGCCAAAACGGAAAUGUUACUGUCGGAAACGCGCCGUGACUUUGUCAACCUUCAGGACCGCUGCCGGGCCAUCAUUAUAAAGCACAUUAACACGCGGGACAAGCUGGACCGGUUAGCGUUGCCGUACUUCAUCAAGAACUAUCUAGCGGAAGCGGUCACGGAGAGUAAUGCGACGGUAACGCCACUGGAGCUGCACCUGAUCGAUCAGUACCUUUACUGAGAUCGCUAAGACAAUGGUAGUAGAAUUGCUAUAGACAACCCGCGCCCACCGGUAGCGCUGGGUAGGCUAUUUCAUUGUUAUGUUCUUCUAUUUGUUUUCGUACACGUUGCUUCGUUCCUUACCGAUCAUGCGAAAUAAUGCUUAAGUUGUUAGUAAACCCCGUACCGGCCUGUUUUCGGACAGAGUCUGGACUGUCUCACACUUAUCGUCUAGUCAGCCGCUGGUUCCUUAACGAAUUUAAGCACUUGUUUGUUUUGUAUUGCCUUCCGUUUUAGCAAUUACGUACAGAUCGAGUCCCUCUCGCGGAAGGGUUCGUUUCAAGUUGCAAAGCGAGUAACAUUCUAGUCAUUCUAGUCACAGGACCCAGUCACACGGUUGCGGUUGUGCUGACCAUGAAUAAGGGAAAUCUAGUCCAAAGAGCGUAGCAGUCAGUCAUCAGUAGGGAAUAUUUGCGUAGGGAAGCAUUAGGAUAUUAGGAUUGGACUUAGCCAUACAAUAGGGUUGAAGGUACUACACGCUACACGCCGAUAGGAACAAAAAGCAAGGGGAAAAGACGCAGUUGGUUGUAUUCGUUCGCCUCGUUGAAUUUCCGUGUCCUUCUGUACAUAAUUAUUGGCAUUGUAGCCAGUGCACAUUUUGCUGGUAACCUCCCCAAUACUAUACCAAAUAGCGAAAAGAGGGGAUAAAAUCUUGAGUGGCAAAAUUAGUGUUCAUGGGUGAAGUAAUUGUGAGUUAUGGUGAGUGAACGCGAGAAUGUGAUGAAUUUGGGCGUAAAUGAGAUUGAAUGAGAAGUGUGCGGGAACCGUUUUGUUUUAGGUGUACUAAAUUUAUUUUCUAUUGUGAUAUCCAUCUGCUAUUGUUUACUAGUCAUUUAAAUACUUUAUUUAUAACAAUUCGAUCUUCUUUAAAUAUUUUUAAAUUAUUUAUGGGAGCCAUUUGUUCGUAGGUCAGUUCCAAUCUCCCAAUAUUUAAGGAAGCUUACAUAUGUCGUGAAGUGUGCAUACGUAGUUUUAUAUUUGUAUUUGAAAACAUUUUUUGUUUUUUAGAAUUCUACAAGAUUUACCAUUAUUUAGAAUUGUUCAUUUAUUUUUCUUUACUUAAGUUAAGAUGAUCUUAUCUAAAGAAGAAACGGUAACCAGCGUGAAUGUGAGUCGAUCAAAAUUUAUGACUAAAAACGAACGAUAAAUUCGGUAGAAUUCAGACGUUGAUCGCAGAAGAUCUAGUCGAUAGAAACCCCAAAAAAAGAGAAAACGAACCCAAAACAAAGAAACAAAGAAAAACAAACUCUUUUUCCGUUAAUGUAUUGUCUUCUGUUUCAAAAUUUAAAAAAACGGGACACGAUCGGCUCGAUCGCCCUGUGCGCAAGCACCUUGGCGUCCAGCACGAUCGUCCCAAACGGAGCACAAAUGUAAACUAUGAAUUUUGGAAUUUAAGCUAUAGAUGAUGAUAAUAAUACCGACCGAAAGGACGGCACGGGAAAUUUAAGGCAAAUAAGCAUAAUAAGCAACACACAUUCGGGUACCUUUGGAAGGUUAGGCAAAAUUAUGUAGGGUAAAUAAGAAGAGUGGUGGAUGAACCCGGUUAGGGGGAUAGAAUCGCGCGAUGUUCACCCGUUUCUCAUCACCGGAUGACGGUGUGAGCCUGCGGUUCCCUUCCCAUGGGUGUUUUUAGUCAGAUAAGGACCUCUCUAACUAUUUCUACUUUGGCAAACUGGUUUUAGGCGCAAAAUUACCACAUGAAAUUCGUCACCGAAUCAUUGGCAAAACGGGAAACAUUUUGGAAAAACUGUGUGAGCGUGUGUGCAAGUGUGUUUGUAUCAUUGAAUGUGCUUCGUAUGUGGAAAAGAAAUGGGUUUUAUUGUAUUAAGGAAUGAUACAACAGUAUUGUGGUUACCUUAGUUAGGGUGUUUGUUAAUUUUAUGUUUAUCUCCUUAUUUCCUGAUCCAGAACAGAACAGAGCAGGGACGAGCUAGAACACGGAACAUGAAGUAAACAUCAAGAUUAGGUGGAACUUGAGCGUUUCUUUGCCCUAAUCUCUAAUUGUUAAGGCCAAUUGAACAUUCCACCAAAGGCGAAUAGUUGAUCUCGUAAGCGCACACUGAGUAGAAUUAUUUGAAUGGCGUUAUGUGAUGUGUUUAUUUAUUUCUUAGUUGUUUGUUUUUUUCCGUUGUGUAGCCGAGUAUGCUUAAGCCACAUUAGUUGCGCCCGUCAUGCCUGUUGUACAAGAUGUAGCAUAAAUGGGGCAUAAUCUAAAAUCCAUCUAAAAUCUUUUAUAUAUAUAAAAACUUUCAUUAUAAGCUACUUAAUUCAAAACAUUGUACAUUGUGUCGAACCUCUGCAGCACACUGUCAUUUCUGUCCUUAGUGCUGGAAGGAGAUAAAAAAAUCAAUGUCUAUUUAAUGGAAGUAAUUUUCUCGUGUAAAGAAAACAGCAUCGUCUUGCUUGCGGGAGAAUGAAUUAGUAAGAGAACGUUCAGAACAAACCCAUUUUCGAUAACAAUGAAACGUAUUUAUAAAGAAAAAAAAGAUCAGGUUGGGGAUCGAUUGACGGGAAGCGGAAUACAUGUAGGUACUUCCGUUUUGAAAUUAAUGCACAGGAAUCACUUUUCCGUUUCCGGUUCUGGGCUGGUCAGCUGAGCGAUGGUGGAAAUGCAGGGGUUUUAUUUUACAUGAGCUGUACAGAAGCUAGAACUGAAUUCCAUCAGGUUGUGCCCGAUCGGAACCGAUAGGCCAUCGCAAGUGCAAUAGUGUGCAGACGAAAAUGCAUCAAUCCUGUGUACAGGAAGAUAGAAGAAUAACAAUAUACCUAGGUGUGUCAACAUGUGUCAGCUCUUAGUAGUCUCGCUAGCCGUUACUCUGCAGUUCACGUAAAUUUGAAGUAACAAACACAGCCACAGAGGUGUGAUGCAUACAUAUUCCAUACACAUUCCUUAUUGCAUAUAGGUUAGGAAAUGGUUCCAUCUCGCUCUCGGAAUCCCAUCUCGGAUCAAUAGUGUGUGCGCUAUUGGAAAAAGGAUGUAGAAGAAAAAACUCAACAUAGGAUGGGUCUGGGUGAGGGUGAGUUUGCUUUUACACGAAGAAUCAUCGACAGGUGAAUGAAACAUUUAAAUUCUAGUUUGCUGUAUGCAAGCAAAACAUUACAGAGAACGAAAAAAUACAUAAAGCUACGAACUGAUGUAACAUGGUGCAUGGUUGUAUUUACUUUUUUGUUUACUACUAAGUAAGUUAAUAUAGUCUUUCAAAAUGUC